GAAAUCAUUUAGUUGGCACCAAUAUCGCACAUCAACAUGUCAAAAUGGUGCUAUCUAUGGAUCGUUGGGUCGGCAAAGUGGCUGUCGUCACUGGAGCCAGUGCCGGUAUAGGAGCUGCUAUUGCAGAGGCCUUGGUUGAGCAUGGGCUUAAGGUUGUAGGUCUGGCACGAAGAAAGGUUCGACUAGAUGUACUGGCUCUAAAACUUACUGGCAAGAAGGGUAAACUGUACCCAGUGAAAGCGGAUAUAAGUAAAGAGGAAGACAUUAUAAACGCCUUCAAAUGGAUCAAGGAAAAUGUGGGUCAAGUUCAUGUUCUUAUCAACAACGCUGGUGUUUACACACAGACGGAUCUAGCUGAUGGGGACAUAGACAUUUGGAAGAACACCCUUAACGUCAACGUUCUCGGUUUGUGCAUAGCCACGAGGGAAGCUAUCAGGGAUAUGAGAGCGAAUAACGUGGAUGGUCACAUAAUACACAUCAAUAGUGUUGUGGGGCACCAAGUACCUAAUAUGCGGAAUGCGAAUAUGUAUCCUGCUAGCAAAUUUGCAGUUACGGCCUUGGCGGAAACUUUGAGACUGGAACUCCUUAACUUGAAAGUGAAAAUUAAAAUUACUAACCUUAGCCCUGGUCUGACAGAUACCGAAAUUGUGCCCGAUUAUAUAAAGGAGAUAGUUCGAAAAACUGGAGGGAACCAAAUGAUUGAGCCUGAAAAUAUCGCCGAUGGCGUUGUGUACGCAUUAUCGACACCUCCGCAUGUACAAAUUCAAGAGCUUACGAUACGAGCUGUGAAUGAAUCUUUUUCUUAAUCGAUGUUAAUAACGCAAUGAAAAGACUAUUUCCUUAUAAUUAUGAACUGAAUAAAUGUAUUCUACAAAAUACAA